AUGCUCCUCGAGUCGUCGUCCGACGAAAAGUCGCCUCGGGCGAGCAACGAGAAGAAGAUCUCUCCCACUCGAGAGGAUGUCGAGACUGGUGAGAGCGGUCUUGACCGUGGCAUGAACUCUCGUCACCUUCAGUUCAUCGCCAUCGGUGGUACCAUUGGAACUGGUCUCUUCCUCGGUGUCGGUCCUGCCCUCGCCAAGGCUGGUCCCGUCUCUCUCCUCAUCGCUUUCUUGUUCAUGGGUUCGGUUGUCUAUGCUGUCAUGGUCAGCUUGGGCGAGAUGGCUUCGUAUAUCCCCAUUGCCGGUUCCUUCACCUCGUACGCUGCUCGCUUUGUCGACCCUAGCAUCGGCUUCGCCAUGGGUUGGAUCUACUGGUUUAGUUGGUCCAUCACAUUCGCCCUUGAACUUACCGCCGCCGGAAUGAUCAUCCAGUAUUGGGACAGCAGCCUCAGCAUUGGCAUCUGGAUCGCUGUCUUUUGGUUCAUCUUUACCGCUCUCAACUUCCUCCCUAUCCGCUGGUUCGGUGAGGUGGAGAUGUGGUUCUCUAUGAUCAAGGUUAUUACCAUUAUCGGCUUCAUCAUCUUCUCCAUCUGCAUCAAUGCUGGUGUGGGUAAGGAGGGUUAUCUUGGCUUCACUUACUGGAAGAACCCCGGCCCCUUCAACACUUACAUGGAUAUCGAGGGCCCUACCGGUCGCUUCGUUGGCUUCUGGGCUGUCCUCGUCACUGCUGGAUUCAGUUACCAGGGAACUGAGCUCGUUGGUGUCGGUGCUGGUGAGACAGCCAACCCCCGCAAGGCCAUCCCUGAGGCCAUCCGCUGGACCUUCUGGGGCAUCUUUGGCCUGUUCAUGGCCACCGUCUUCUUUGUCGGCAUCAACGUGCCCUCCAACGACCCAGCUCUCGAUAGUGGUGCUACCGAUGCCUCUGCCUCGCCUCUCGUCAUUGUGGCCAUUCGUGCAGGCGUGAGCGUUCUUCCUGACAUCAUCAACGCUGUCCUCCUGACAGCUGUCCUCUCGGCUGCCAACUCCAACGUCUACUCGAGCAGCCGUAUCAUGGUGGCCCUGGCUGAGGACGGUCUUGCCCCUGCCUUCAUGAAGCGCACCAACAAGUUCGGUACCCCCUACUUUGCCGUCGCUUCCUGCUCUGUCCUGGGUCUUCUCGGUUUCAUCAACCUCUCAUCCAGUGGUGAGACCGUCUUCAACUGGCUGCUCAACAUCAGCGCCACAUCAUGCUUCAUCACCUGGGUCCUCAUCAACGUCUGCCACAUCCGGUUCCAGAAGGUGAUGCGCGUGCAGGGCAUCCCCCGCUCCGAGCUGCCCUACCACGCUCCCUUCCAGCCCUACCUGUCGUACUACGGCGCCUUCUUUGUCGCCCUCAUCACCCUCACUUGCGGCUUCACCGUCUUCAUCGAGUGGAACACUGGCGACUUUUUCUCCAACUAUGUCAGCCUGAUGCUCUUCUUCGUGGCGUAUCUCGGACACAAGAUUAUUCGUCGGACCAAGGUUGUGCCCCUUGCUGAAGUUGAUCUUAGCAAGGGACGAUCGGAUAUUUGA